AUGCCACGGAGACGAUCCCCUGCGUUAUUGCUGGGCCUUAGCCUUCCUUCGCUUUUAAGCUUGGGCAGGUUGGGAUCACUCUUUGUAGGAUGGUCAGGAGCUCGAGGGAGAGCGGAGCGGAGUUCAGAGCAGCGAGCUGAGCUUUCUAGCAAAGCGACCAAGCAGCUUUGGGAUUCGGCUUGGGAUGCCUUGGUCCCUGCUGGGGCGGACGGCAGCUCUAUCAGCAAUCCGGAGCUGCUUCGGCUGGUGAAAGAGAGUAUAGACGAGACUUAUUUCGACGACGAUGGACUCCGGCAACUUCCAAGGGUGGAAAGCCUUCCCGGUGGAAAAAGUUUCUUUGAGCGGAUGAACGACACUUUCUGGGCCUAUGGUCCCGUGGUUGUCGCGCCUCUGGGGCCGUUGCGGACGAUCGGUAUCUCGGAUCCUGGCAUGGUCAAGUAUAUCCUCUCGCAGAGGGAACUGUUCGGCAAGGGGUUCCUUUCGGCGGUUGGUCAGGAUAUCUUUGGCAAGGCGCUGAUUACAGCAGCGGAUCGUGAACUUUGGCAGUCGAGACGAGCUGCAACAAGUGCGGGCUUCCACGCACAGUGGCUGAGGAGCCUUUCUGAAGAUUUUGUCCACUGCACUACUCAAGCCAUGCGGCUACUGGAUGAUCGGGUCCGGUAUGAAGAGGUGGUAGACAUGGAAAGCUUCUUUUUGAACUUGGCCCUCGACACUGUUGGUCGCACCAUCUUCGGCUACGACUUUCAAGCGAGCGAGCAGCCUCCCAACAGCCCGCAGUCGCCGAUUGUCCGGGCAGUCUACAGGGUGCUGAAAGAGACAGAGUACAGACAAGCCAACCUUGCGAACCUGCUGUUCAUGGGGGCUCCGGACACAUUGGUGGACGUCGCAGCUCCAAGCGUGGCAGAGUACAGGCAGAGCCUUCGGAGCAUUGAUGCCGUACUCGACGAUGUCGUCGGUGCAGCGUUGCUUGAACAGAGGCUCACAGAUGAAGCAGAACUUCGUCGCCGAUCCGGCGGAACGCUCCUCCAGUUCAUCGUGGACCUCCGUGGAAAUCAAGCGAACAGAGAACAGCUCCAGGAUGACCUGCGGACAUUGUUGAUUGCCGGCCAUGAAACAGUGGCCAGCACGCUAACAUGGGCUAUCUAUGAGCUGGCCAAGACUCCCGAGGUCAUGGCGAAGGCCAAGCGAGAGGUGGAGAGAGUCUUGGGUGGUCGUUCCUCACCCACGUACCAGGACGUCAAAGACCUGAAGUACAUCAGGUUCGUGCUGACGGAGACUUUGCGGCUGUUUCCAGCACCACCAGUGCUGGCCCGGAGCCCACUUCAAGCUGUCACGCUGCCGGCAACAAAUGGCAGCAACGUGACUUUGAAGCGGGGAUCUUUGUUGCUGCUUCAGCUAGCACAACUGCAUCGACAUCCCGGUGUCUACGAACGCCCGGAUGAGUUUUGGCCGGAGCGCUGGGAACAGGCAUUCAACUCCACUGGCAUCUACGAUGCAGGAGGAUGGCGCGGCUAUGACCCGGUGAGGGUCACAGGCCUCUACCCCACGGCUGUUGCGACUGACUACGCUUUUGUUGGCUUCGGAGGAGGCGAGUUUCAGUGCAUCGGCGAUCAGUUUGCCAUGAUCGAAUCCACGAUCAUUCUGGCCAUGCUUCUUCAGAGGUACGACUUCAAGCUCGUUUUCGAUGAUUUGGAGAGCAUCGGCCUAGACAUGGCCGCUACAAUCCACACCAAGAGUGGGCUGUUGAUGAGAGUCUCAGCGGUAGGCUGGCGUCCAAACAUUGAACAAAGUCAGGCAGCUCCCUUCCCUGCACUGGCAGGUGGCACUGAGGAGAACUUGUUCGUCCAGGAUGUCAGAGCUAGACGCGAGUGCAGGCGUCUCCAUGGUUCUGCACAACAAGCGCUCGUUGACAGCGACUUGUUCGGAGAGGCUGCGAGUGAAGAGGUGCUUUCCGAGCAAGGCGAUAGCCUCGCCAUCAGCCCGAAGGAUGAACCCUACGAGUACGAACUUCUAUCUCCAGAGGAAAGCAAAGCAAAGGAAGAGAUCUGGGAUGAGGUAAACAAGGACCUCCUUGAGUCCUUGCAUGAGAGGAAAACGCACAGCCGCAAACGAAAGCGCCAGGAGGAAGAAAGGCAGAUUGCGGACAGGUGGCAGAAAGAACAAAAGCAGCUACUCCUUCUGGAACAGGCGCGCACCCGUCGGAUGCAGGGAAAGCCAAAUCAGAAGAGGCAUUCUCGGCCAAGCAGCCGCGACAUUGAAGACUAUGUUCCCUCAACAGAGGAAGAGGAUGAAGAUUCCAACGAGCCAGAAGUCGACUUCUGGGCGGCGCAUGCGGCAGCAAGACAGGCCCACGGACCAUGCUCCAGUCUGCCUCCGGCCAAUCGGACCCUCACAGCAAAGGAGAAGAUGGAAGCCGAACAGCAUAGUCCUGGAGUGGUGGAUGUUCGAGCGGACCAGCCCACCACGGCCAUCGGCUCAAAGCAAACUUUUGCGGGAAGUGGUUCAUAUGAUGCAGACAUGAAAGAACCGUAG